GAGAAAUUAUUGGUGCAGUUGCAUUCGGGACACAAUAAGCGACGGAUAAUAAUUACAUACAUUUCGUUUUUUUGAUACACAUUAUUUUUGUGCACUUCAUCAGUGAAAGUCAAUGCAUUAGAUUAACAAAAAAAAAUUAGUGUGUAGCUUCACAGAAUUUAUUAGAAUUGUAUAUUACAAGAACAUAUCAGAGAAAGUUCAAGAAGUUCAAAUUUUUUUCAAAACAAAAAAAAAAAAAUAUAUAAAAAAAAACUAUGAUUUCAAAACUAGGCUCACUAGAAGAAAAAAUCAAACUUCCUCCUACCGAAACUAUUAGUAGAUUCUAUCAACAGCCGCAAAACAAUCGAAAGGCCAUAAGGAUACUCACAGUUGCCGUUUAUGUAUUUUGCGUGUCAUUGGCUGCGAUAAUGUUGUCCCUUUACUAUGUGUUCAUAUGGGAUCCGAGUAUUAGACCGUUUGUUACUAAAAUGGCUAAUUGUGACAAAAUAGUUAUACCUGAACAAAUUGCUAUACAACUUGUAAACUCCUCGGAAAUAUCGGCAGAACAAUUUUAUAAAAAUUUACAUGAAUAUUAUCAACGACAUCACAAUCAGUACCUGUGGAACAAAGAUGCAACAACAACACAUCAAAAUUUACAAAAUUCACCCGUAAACAAGACACCCAAAGAAAAUGAUUUCGUACAGCAACAUCAACAACAACAACAGCAGCAAACUGAAGUCCCUUCAAGUUUAACAAGUCACCAUGGUCCAAGCUAUCAAUUCAUACAACAAAAAGAAGCCAACGAAGUCGCUCUUCUUGAAUCUUUAUCGAUAGCAUCUCAAGAAACUCACAGUGCCACAGCACCCCCAAUCAAUGAGAAGCCUAGCAAUUAUGAUGACGAAGAUUACUCUGAAGACGAUUCAAAUCUUGGUGUCGAAUCUAGCGGAUUUUUCCCCUUCAAUUUCGAUUACACAAAUCGGAGAAAAUUUGAUGCCGAUUAGUACGGACCGUAUUAUGUUAUUUUUUAAGUUAAACUUUUUUUUCUAUUAUUAUUAUUUUGGAAAUCGCAGGGCUGUUUGUCUUAAUUGCUAUAUGGACUUAAAUCAUUUGCAUACCAAAAAAACAAAAUUAUUAUUCAUAAAUUCGUUCAUACACGUUAGCGAUAUAAAACAUAAAAUAAAUAAUAUGAAUCUGUAUAUACGAGUAUACAAUAAGUCUACAUUUCAUUUCGAAUAGGUACAUUAUAUAUAUGUAAUAUGUGCAAUAUACUUAUAAACAAAAUGGCCAAUGACAUAAAAAAAAAAAUAAAAAAACAUUCAUAACGUAGAAUCGUUCGGUGUUGUUACUAAAAAAGCGAAAAUCGAACUUCAUAUAAAAAAAUGUAACUAAAGCAAUGUUUUACUUUAUACAAAGCAUCGGGUAUUGUACGCCAUCACUUGUUAGUUACAAUUCGAAUUCACUAAAUAAAAAAACGAUGAAUUAUUAAAUUUGAUACGAUAUACGAUAAAAAAAAGAAAAAAAACUUAAAACAUUACUGCACAUGAGUCUUAAACCAAAAUUUGAUCGGCCGGUCGAUCAUAUUUGUUUAAAUAUAAAAAAUAAUAUAGGUAUUGAAUGUGAACAUUUAACCAAACGUAUGUAGGACAUAAAAAAUAAUUAAAAAAUUAUAGUUAGAAAAGCAUAGAAUAGGAAACGAUGUGUAGUAAGUGUAAAAAAAAAAUGUUUUAAUAGAUAAACAUAAAUAAAAAAACGAUAAAUGUGAGAUUAAUUAUAUAAUUAUUAUGAAUUAUAUUUAAUGAUGUAGGAAACUACACUCAAAUAUAUUGCAAUAAUUUGGAUAUAAUAAAAUAAAAAAAUAAAACAAUAAAAUAAAUUAA